AUGUCGCCUCCGGGCCAGGGCCUCUCUGCUGCUGGCUCAGGCGGCGCUAGCAGCAGCAGCAGCAGCAGCAGCAGCAGCAGCAGCAGAAGGCGCAGCAGCAAAAAGGCCCUUGUACAGGAACGCAGCCCUAGCCCGGGGAUCGAUCCCUGGGCAGUCAUUUCUUCCCCACCGCAAAUAAGAAAACAUAAAAGCAGCAGCAGCAGCAGCAGCCACAGCAGCAGCAGCAGCAGCAGCAGCACUUCCCAUACUACUCACGCGAAUUUGUUCACAACUCAGACCACCACCACUAGCAGCAGCAGCAACAGCAACAGCAGCAGCAGCAGCAGCAGCGGAUAUUGGACCGGCAGCAGCGGAUGGGAGACUCAAGGCAGAAGCCACAGCAGGAACAGCUGGUGUACCGGCAGCAGCAGCAGCAGCAGCAGCAGCAGCAGCGAUUGGGGCCUUAGCAGCAGCAGCAGCGGAUGGGGCUCUGGUGUAAGCUGGCUUGAGCGCUGCAGCAGCAUUGCUGCAGUGUGUCGCCACCCCGAGGUAAUAGACACGCAGCAGCAGCAGCAACAGCAGCAGCAACAGCAGCAACUGCACCAAGGGCAGCAACACCAGCAGCACCAGCAGCAGCAACAGCACAGCUGGCAGCAACAAUGGAGCACAGCUUGUCCAUCGCAGGAGUGGCAGCAGCAGCAGCAGCAUCCGCUGCAGCAGCAUCCGCUGCAGCAGCAGCAGCAGCAGCAACAGAAGCAGCAUCGCCACAGCUGGCAUCCGCAGCAAUACGGGGGGCUGCUGCAGCAGAGCGACUGGAAACUGCAGCAGCAGCAGCUGCAGCUGCAGCAACAGCAGCAGCUGCAGCAACAGCAGCAACUGCAGCAACAGCAGCAGCUGCUGCCAGACCCGCACCCGCCACAAACUGCUGAGGACCACUUGCGCAGGUGGCAGCAGCAGCAGCAGCAGCAGCAGCAACAGCAGCAGCAGCAUGCAGAGUCGCAGCUUCAAGGCUACCAACAUCAAGCUGACUGGUUUCAGCAGCAGCAGCAACAGCAGCAAGGCUGGCAGCAGCAACAACAGCAAACGCAACAGCAGCAACCGUGGCAGCAACAGCAGCAAGUAGGAUGGCUCCAACAGCAGCAGCAGCAGCAGCAGCAAAACGGUGUCCAGCAGGGAUGGCAUCAGCAGCAGCAGACCUGGCAGCUGUGUUCUGAGUGGGGGCAGGAGCAACAGCAGCUGCAGCAACAGCAGCUGCAGCAACAGCAGCUGCAGCAACAGCAGCUGCAGCAACAGCAGCUGCAGCAACAGCAGCUGCAGCAUCAGCAGUUGCAACAGCAGCAGUUGCAACAGCAGCAGUUGCAGCAGCAACAGUUGCAGCAGCAACAGCUGCAGCAACAGCAGCUGCACCAGCAACAGCUGCAGCAGCAGCAGUUUCAGCACCAGCAGCUGCAGCAGCAGCAGCUUCAGCAGCAGCAGUUGCAGCAACAUCAGCUCCAACAGCAGCAUCUGCAGCAACCGCAGCUCCAGCAGCAGCAGCUGCAACAACAGCAGCUGCAGCAGCAGCAGCUUCAGCAGCAGCAGCUGCAGCAGCUGCAGCACGGUCACUACGACUGGGCCCAGGUACAGCCAGCUUGUACCGUGGAGCAGCAGCAACUGCAGCACGUGCAGCAGCUGCAGCAAGUGCAGCAACCGCAGCACAUGCAGCAACAACAGCUGCUGCAGCAACAGCAGCACAUGCAGCAGCAGCAGCCGCAGCACACGCAGCAGCAGCCGUGGCUUCAUCAGCAUGCCCACUGCACGUGGGACUACCAGCAGCAGCAUAGUCCAUGGCGGCAGCAGCGGCAGCUGCAGCAGCAGCAGCAGCAGCAGACCACAACGCUACCAGCAGCAGCAUCAGCUCAUGAGUUCUUUAAGGCCUCUUCCCCCUCACCUCCACCCCCCCCUCCUCCCUUAUCACUGUCGCACCCGCAGCUGCAGCAGCACCAGCAACAGCAGCAGCAGCAGCAGCAAUGGGAGCAGCUGCAGCAGCAAUCCCUUACUCCUGCUGCGGAGUCUCCUUUUGCCUUCUAUACACCCGAGCACUGCAGCAGCACUUCCUUUGGUGGUGGCGGCAUUAGGGUUAGCAGCAGCCAUACUGCAGCAGCAACAGCAGCAGCUGCUGCUGCCGCUGGCACUGCGGAGACACGGCAGCAACGGAAGCAGCAGCAGCAGGAGAUCGUCGAUUGGCUGCUGCAGGGACGCUCUAGCGAAUCCCCAUACUCACACCAGCAGCAGCAGCAGCAACAGCAGCAGCAGCAGCAGCAGCAGUUUUGCAUGUCGUCGUCCUUGACUGACUCGCCUCAACCAUUCCAGGCUACCCCUAAUGAGCAGCAGCAGCAGCAACAGCAGCAGCAGCAGCAGCAGCAGCAGCUUUGUUUGACGCCAUAUGAUUUUGCUGCUUCUUGUAGCCCUCAACUGCAGCAGCAGCUUCCUCACCAUUUCGAGCAGCGGCUGCAGCAGCAAGUGCAGCAGCAAGUGCAGCAGCAAGUGCAGCAGCAAGUGCAGCAGCAAGUGCAGCAGCAAGUGCAGCAGCCACAGGUCUUCUCACCGCAGCAGCAACAACAGCAGCAGCAGCAGCAGCAGCAGCAAAAGCGCACUCCUCAUGCAGCUCCAUCAGCAACACCACAGACGGCGCAGCGCGUGCGGGUUGCUGCACGUUCUGCUAUUCAGCAGCUGCAGCAGCAGCAGCAACUGCUGCAGCAGCAGCGGAAGCAGCAGCAGCAGCAGCAGCAGCACGAGCAGCAGCAGAAGGCUUCGGUGCAGCAGGAAGUAACAGAAAAAGAGGCAUCUGUUAGUUGGCUGCAGGGGCUGCUGCAGCAGCAGCAGAGCCCCACACUAAAUAGGCAUAUAAAAGCAGCAUCAGCAACAGCAGCAACAGCAGCAACAGCAGCAGCAGCAGCAACAGCAGCAAGAACAUUCUCUCCACCACCUACAGCAGCAGCUGAAGCAGCGACUCAUGCGACAGCAGCAGCAGGUGCAACAGCUGCAGCAGCAAAAGCUGCACCACCGCCACGAGUCGCUGCUGCUGCUGCUCGCGCUGCAGCAGCUGUUGCAGCAGCAGGAGAGGCGAUAAGACAGGCUUCUGCUGCUACUCUGCCUGCUGCUGCCCCGCCUGCAUAUGCAGCAGCAAAACCGGCAGCAGCAGCAGCAGCGCUGUCUGUUGCAGCAGGGUCUCCUGCGGUAAGUGGUAGUGCUGCAGCAGCAGCAGCAGCUGCUGCUGCUGCUGCGGCUGAGGAGGGCGUGGCUUCUGUCUCUCUCAGCAGCACUGAAUACUGCAGCAAAGGCAGCAGCAAAAACAGCCAAGAUAGCAGCAAACACAGCAGCAAACACAGCAGCAAGAGAAGCAGCAGCAAGAGCAGCAGCAAGAGCAGCAGCAAGAGCAGUAGUAGCAGCAAGAGUAGCAACAGAAGCAGCAGCAGCAGCAGCAAGAGUGGCGGCAACAGUCACGGGGGCAGCAGCAGCAGCAGCAAACGAUACUCGUCUAGUAGCAAGACCAGUACCAGCAGCAGCAGCAGCAGCAGCAGCAGCACAACGCACCAUGGAGAGGCCUCAUGGGACAGCCAGCAGCAAACAGCAGCUGCAACAGCAGCAGCAACUGCCAUGGCAACAAAGCAACAACCUGCUGCUGCUGCUACUGCUGCUGCUCUUGUUGCUCCUGCUGCUGCUCCUGCUGCUGCUGAGGUGUCAGCAGCUGCCGCCUUCGCAUACUGCAGCCCAGUGGAAGCGCAGCAGCAGCAGCAGCAACAACAUUACCAGCAGCUGCAGCAGCAGCAACAGCCGCAGCAGAAGCAGCAAGUUGUUAAGCGAAUGGACGAGCCGGUGGCUGCCACAUACCUGAAUGAAGUACAGCAGCAGCAGCAGCAGCAGCAGCAGCAGCAGCAGCAGACCCUCCACCCGCUGGUGGACGAACAGCAGCUGCAACUGCAGCAGCAGCAGCAGCAGAGGGAUGCGCGCGACCCGCCAGGAGCGACCUCUCAACAGGAGGAGCUGCAGCAGCAGCAGCAGUCACAAGAGCAGCCAGAAGAUGUGCAGCAAGUACAGCAGCAGCAGCAGCAGCAGCAGCAGGGAGAGCAGCACGAGAUUGAACCACCAAGUAUGAAUAUGCCUUUGGGAGACCAGCAGCAGCAGCAGCAACAUCAGCAGCAGCAGCAGCAACAACAGCAGCAGCAGCAGCAACAACAGCACCUGCUGGGGCGAGUUGAUUCCUCAGCAGAUGGUGAAACUGCUGCUGCUGCUGCUGCUAGAGAAGAGCAGCAACUGCUGCCAGACACAACAAGCGCGUCGCCAUCAGCUGAUACAGAAGCUGCUGCAGCAGCCACAGCAGAAACAGCAGAUGCAGCAGCAGAAGCAACAGCUGCAGCAGCAGCCACAGCAGAAACAGCAGAUGCAGCAGCAGAAGCAACAGCUGCAGCAGCAGAAGCAACAGCUGCAGCAGCUGCAGCAGCUGCAGCAGCUCCAGAAGCAGCAGAAGCAACAACGAUAACUGCCUCAGCAGCAUCGACAGCUCCAUCAGCAGCUGCUGCACACGCAACAGCAGCAGCAGCAGCAGCAACAGUACCACCAGCAGCUGCUGCUGCCGUAACAGCAGCUGCGGAUACAGAAGAGUCGCGAGCUGAGGAAACCGCAGCAGCAGCAACAACAGCAGCACUAGGUGAUGCAGCAACGGCAGGAGCAACUGCAGCUGCAGAAGCAGCAGAAGCAGCAGCAGGAGGAAACGUAACCACCGCAGCUGCAGCAGCAACGGAUGCAGCAGGAGCCGACCUAGCAGCAACUGCAGCAAUCCAAGACAAAGCAGCAGAAGCAGCACCUGCAGCAGCACCUGCAGCAGCACCAAUCGAACCACAAAUGACUGCACAAGCAGCAGCAGCAGCAAAGCCAGCAGCAGCAGCAGAGGAAGCAGCCGUCUCAGCAGCAGGUCCUGGUGCCGACGCACCAGCAGCAGCAGCAACUGCUGCACCAGAUGGAGCAGCAGAAGGAACAGCAGAUGGAGCCACACCUGCCGCAGCAACUGCAGCAGCACCUGCCGCAGCAACUGCAGCAGCAACUGCAGCAGCACCUGCCGCAGCAACUGCAGCAGCACCUGCCGCAGCAACUGCAGCAGCAACUGCAGCAGAAACUGCAGCAGAAACUGCAACGGACACUGCAGCAGCAGACACUGCAUCAGCUACAGCUGCAGAUGCAGCAGAACCGACAGCAGCAGCAGACGCAGCAGCAGCAGAAGCACCGGCUGUAUCUGCUGCCUCUUCCCAGCAGCAGAAGCGGCGGCGGCGGCAAAAGCAGCAACAGCAGCAGCAGCAGCAGCAGCCGAAAGAAGUGGCAGCAGCAGCAGCUGCUGACUCUAGCAGUGUGCCUUCGAUGGAGCAGCAGGAGCAGCAAAAUGCACAAGAGGAGCAGCAGCAUGAGCAGCAGCAGCAGCAGGAGGAGGAACAGCAGCCGCAAGACGUGCAACUGGAACAAACCUCGCUGCUGCAGCAGGAGCAAGAUCCUCAGCAGCAGCAGGAAGUGCAGCAGCAGGAGCAGCAGCAGCAGGAGCCUGCAGCACCAGCAGAUGAGGGCGAGGCUGCUUCUGGCAUUGCAGCAGCUGCUGUGUCUUCGAAGGUCGUGGGCUCUGCUGCUGUUGCUGCUGCUACUGCUGCUGUUGAUGCAGCUGCAGCGGAUACUGCAGCACAGUCUCCUGCUGCACCUGAUGACGAUGCCGCUGCUGCAGCAGAGCAAGCUGCUGCUGCAGCAGCUGCUGAAUGGGGUGACGAGAGGGAUGAACAGCAGCAGGAGCAGCAACAGGACAGCAGCAGCAGCAGCAGCAGCAGCGCGACAACCGCUGCUGCAGAUGCCGCUGUUGCUGAGGAGCAACAAGGCGAAAUGGAGCAGCUACAGCAACCUGAACAGCAGCAGCAGCAGCAGCAGCACAGCAGCCCUACUGAGCAGGAAGAGGCAGCUGCAUUGCCCAGUGUCGCUCAAGCAGCAGACUCCAGCAGCAGCAGCAACAGCAGCAGCAGCAACGAACUUGGCGAGACACCGCAACCAUCAGACCAAGUUAUCCAGGGCAGCAGUAACAGCAGCAGCAGCAGCAGCAGCAACGGGAAGAAGCGCGUCGGUGGAGGUAAAGGAGCUGCUUCAGCUGCUGCUGCAGCAGCAGCAGCAGCAGCAGCACCCGCUGCUGCAGUUGUUGCAGAGCGUCCGCGCAAGCGAGGCCGCUGUGCUUCAGUGAAGUCGUCUGCCGCCGCAGCAGCAGCAGCAGCACCAGCAGCAGCAGAUGCUGCAGCAGGUGCAGCCGCAGAUGCAGCAGUAGGUGCAGCAACAGAUGCAGCAGUAGAUGCAGCACCAGAUGCUGCAGCAGAUGCAGCAGCAGAUGCAGCAGCAGAUCCUAAUUCUCCUGCUGCCUCUGCAUCUCCAACUGCAACGUCAGCAGCUACUACUAGUGCUGCUGCUGCUCCCGUUGCUUCUGCUGCUUCUGCAGCAGCAGCAGCAGCAGCUGCUGCUGCUGCAUCUGAUACGUGGGCGAAGCCGCUGCUGCGAAGCAGCGGAAGCAGCGCGGGAGCCCGAAGGAACCGCAGCGGCAGCAGCAGCAGCAGCAGCAGGAGUUUCUCACGUUUUGUUGCAUCUCUUGACAAGCAGCAGCAGCGGCAGGCCGAGCAGCCGCAGCAGGCACAUCGCCAGCAACCGCAGCGGCAGCAGCAGCAGCAGCAGCAACGAGCAGCAAGUGCAGCAAGUGCAGCACGAAGUGUCUCUGAUUAUCGUGGUGCUGCUAAGUCGCUGCAGUCGUCAUCUGCUGCUGCAUUCGAUGCAGCAGCAGCAGCAUCUCCGUUCUACUCUAGUGCUGUUGCUUCUGGUGCAGCAGCAGCAGCAGCAGGAGAAUCAGUAGCAACGGAGUCUUUGCUGCUGCGUCGUCGUGCUGCUCCACCUGUAACCCCCAGACCACAGCAGCAGCAGCAGCAACAGCAGCAACAGCAGCAGCAUUCGAGGCCAACACAUAGUGAUGGGCCAAUGCGUGCUGCUGCAGCACUGCAGCAACACCUGAAGCAGCCACGUACAGGCGCGUUGAAUCAGCUGCAGCAAGGGCAGCAACUGCAUCAUCAUAAUCAGCAGCAGCAGCAGCAUCAUCAACAGCAGCAGCAGCAGCAGCAGGAGCGGCUAGAGUGGUGGAUGGGUGUAGGGUGGCUAACUCUUAAGAACUCCCGUCUUGGCCAAGGGACCUUCGGCUCGGUCUAUGAGGCAGAGUGGUCAAGGGCGACGCAGCAGCAGCAGCAGCAGCUGCUGCUGCUACAGCAGCAGCUACAGGAGCAGCAGCAGCAACAACAGCAAGGCUGCAGGGUCUACCAAGGGACACAGCAGCAGCAACAAGAACAACAUUUUCAACAGCUGCUGCAGCAAAGAAAAGAUACACCCGAACUGCCUUGGAAGCAGCAGCAGCAGCAGGAGCAGCAACAGCAGCAGGAGCAGGAGCAGGAGCAAAAGCAGCAACAGUCUCCAUCUGUCCGUAGAGGAUCUCGGCGCAAGCGAUCUGCAGCAGCAUCUCCUUGUUGCAACAGCAACAGUAAUAAUAGUAGUAGCAGUAACAGCAGCAACAUCAACAACAACAACAGCAGCAGCAGCAGCAGCAGCAGCAGCAGCAACAACAGCAGCAACAUGAAUGCGGUUGUAAACAUAAGGAGCACAAACAACACCAACAGUAGCAUUGUUACAUGCCCAACCAGCAGCACAACAACAACCAUCGCCACGAUCAGCAGCAUAACCAGCAGCACCACAACCAUCAUCAGCAGCAGCAUCAGCAGGAGGAGCAGCAGGAGCAGCAGCAAGAGGAGGUGCAGCAAGUGCAGGAAAAUAGAUAGAUGUAAAUUAGCAUUAAAGGAAUAUAAGACUGCUGUGUCUGCUGCUCCUUUUCAAUUCUUAAGAGAAGAAUCAUUAAUGCAACAUUAUAAUCCUCAUGUUAUUAGGCCUAUUGCUACUCGUAGCUAUAGGGAACAGCAGCAGCAACACCAUCACCAUCAGCAGCAACAUAAUCGUCACCACCAGCAGAUGCAGCAGAUGCAGCAGAUGCAGCAGCAGAUGCAGCAGCAGCAGCAACAACAUGCUGCAGGAAAUAGAGUUUUUCAAUUACUUAUGCCACGAGCUAUUGGUGAUCUACAGGUCCUUCUUAGACGUCUUAUUGUACGAAGGGCAAAGGUUAAGCUCGUACUAGCAUGGCAUGCAGCGCAGCAACAGCAGCAGCAGCAGCAGCAGCAGCAGCAGCAGCAACAGCAGCAGAAACAGCAACAGCAACAGCAACAGCAGCAGGAUAAGCAACGAGAGGUGAUGCAGCAAAGAAACACUUCUUCAGUCUCUAUCAAAUCUGAGCCUACAGCUACAGCUCCCGCAGGAGCAGCAGCAGCAGCAGCAGCAACACCAACACGAGCAGCAGCAGCAGCAGGAGAUACAUCUGAGCAUGCAACAGCAGCAGCAGCAGCAGGAGGAGGAGGGGGCACUAUUAGUAUGGCGGAGGUCUUACGUAUAGUAGAUGUAAAAUUAUCUAAUAUAUUAGUAUUUACAAAAGAAAAAGAAGAAAAAGAAGAAAAAGAAGAAGAAAAAGAAAAAGAAGAAAAAGAAGAAGAAAAAGAAGAAGAAAAAGAAGAAGAAAAAGAAGAAGAAAUAUUUAAUCCCCUUUGUUGGCUCAUUUGUCUUGCUGACUUUGGAUCUGCUAUCAUUAAUCAUCCAAGAGAUCAUCUAAGGGCGUCAACACCAUGGAAGGGCGGACAAGAGGAGAAGCGAGCUGUCUGGGAGAAACAGGUCCGGCAGCAGCUGGUGUCAUUAAAUCAGGGUACUUUAUACUCUAAUGCCCCUGAGGUGCUGCGGGUAGAUGAGAGAGGUUUGCUGCGGCAGCAGCAGGACCCUGAUAAGUUAUUUACUAAUAAACGUUCGUUGCUGCGGUCUUCUUCCUCUUCUGCUGUUGCUGCUGCUGCAGCAGCAGCAACAGCUGCUGCUGCUGCGCCAAUGGCAAAGGAAAAACAGCUUGCUGCAAGAUCGGCACAUGCAGCAAAAGAUGCAGCAACAGCGCACAGCAGAUCUGCUGCAGCAGUAGCUGCCGCAACAGCUGCAGCAGCUGCAACACAUCGAACCCCUCAUGCUGCUGUUGCUGCAGCACCUUCUGCUUCCGUGGGUUCUGCCAAGGCUGCAGGUGCAGCAGCAGCAGCAGCAGCAACAGCAGCAAGCGAGCCAGAUGGCCGUGGCGGCGUUCCCACAAACCCUCCCACCAGCAUUCGGCCCAGCAGCAGUAGCAGCAGCAGCGCCCGGAGUAGCAGCAGCAGCAGCAGUACAAGGGCCAGUAGCAGCAGCAGCAGCAGCAACAGGACCAGCAGCAGCAGCAGCAGCAGCAGCAGCAGCAGGACUCGCAUGCAGGGAUGGGGGGAGGAAGCAGCAAUUCGUUUAAAAGCGCAGCUAAGCGAUGUGUGGAGUUUUGGCAUCGCCAUCUCAGAAACUCCACAAGCUGAGCCCGGCCGUGAAGAAAUCUCCCCUGAGAAAGCUGUGACAGCUGCAGCAGCAGCAGAAGCAGCAGAAGCAGCAGCAGCAGCAGCAGGUGCAUCAUGCAAUGCUGAGGCGUCCCCAAACAAGGGUGUUGCUGUCUCUCCUGCUGCAGCAGCAGCAGCAGCUGCUGCUGCUGCUCCUAAGGCAAGGAGAGGCCCGUCGCCUGCUGCUGCUGCCAAACGCGGAACACGCAGCGCCUCCCAAAGAAAUGCAGCAGCAGCAGCAGCUGCUGCUGCUGCACCAGCAGCUGCCAGGAAGCGGAAGGCUUUUGGUUCUGCAGGGAGUGCUGCUGCUGCAUCUGCUGCUGAAGGAGGCUCUAGCCCAGAAACAGCAGCAGCAGCAGCAGCAGCAGAACCAGCAGCAGCAGCUCCGCGGCUUACAGGAAAGAAGAGAGGAGCAGCAGCAGCAAAACAGGCGGCGGCAAAGAAACCUGCAAUGGAAGAAGCAAACGAAGUUGGGGGAUCUGCAGCAGCAGCAGCAACAGCAGCAGCAGCAGCAACAGCAGCAGCAGCACCAACAACAACAACAGCUGCAGCAGCAGCAACAGCCGCAGGUGGAGGCCCAGUGGGCGAUGCUGUGGAUAUUGAGGUGUCUGGGAGGAACUGUAAACCCAACAGUACCACAACCAGCAGCAGCAGCAGCAGCAGCAGCAGUACUAGCAGCAGCAGCAGCAGCAGCAGCAGCAGGAGCAGCAGCAAGCUAUGUUUGCCUCCUUGUAUAAUGCAGUGGGUAGCAGCAGAUGCAACAUAUAGUUUAUAUUGGGCAGCAGUUCAUGAGAUUAUUGCUCAUCUAGGCUUAGGCCUCUUCCAGACACCAAGGCAGCAGCAGCAGCAGAAGCAGCAGCAGCAGCAGCAGCAGCAGCAGCAGCAGCAGCAGCAGCAGCACAUGCAGCAGCAGAUGGAGGAACAAGUACAAGAAAGGGAACAAAAGGAGCAACAGCAGAAAGAGCAGCAGCAAAUUAUACAGAUGCAGCAGCAACAACAGCAAAUACACCAGGAGCUACAGCUACAUCCACUGCCGCUGCAACAGGAACAGCCGCAGCAGCAGCAGCAGCAACUGCAGCAGCAGCAGCAACUGCAGCAGCAGCAGCAGGAUCACGAGCAGGAGCAGCCAGUUGCUGUUGGCAUUGGAUCUGAAGAUAUGCUGCAGAAGGGCAUUAGUGGUUUAGCUUCCUCUUCUCAGCACCAGCAGCAGCAGCAGCAGCAGCAAGUGCAGCAGCAGCAGCAACAGAAGCAGCAGCAAAUACAGCAGCAGCACCAGCAUCAUCACCAACAGCACAAGCACCAUCACAAUCACCCACACCACCCACAGCAGCAGCAGCAGCAGCAACAGCAGCAGCAGCAACAGCAGCAGCAGCAGCAGCAGCAGCAACAGCAGGUGGAGCCUAUAUGGCGUCAGCUACGUGCAGUGCAUGCAGCGCAGCAGGAGCAGCAAUUUGCUGCACUAGAGGAGGUUGCCUCCGCCCGGGCUGCUGCACUGCAGCAGCAGCAGCUGCAGCAGCAGUACAGCCGCUGCAGCAGCAGCUUCUGGUGUCUCCUUGCUCAUCUCUUAGCCUUCGACCCGCAGCAAAGACUUCUUCUUCCUGAGGCCCUUGGGCACCCAUGGUUUAACCCCAUAGACCAGCAGCAGCAGCAGCAGCAGCAGCAGCAGCAGCAGCAGCAGCUGGAGCAGGAGAGGGAGCAGCAGGAGUCACAGAUGGAUAAGGUAGAGGAACUGCCACUUGAUGCAACAGCAGCAGCAGCAGCAGCAACUGCAGCAACUGCAGCAGGAGCAACUGCAGCAAGCAACGCCUCUCACGCUGCCGAUACCCAAGACCACAUCACCACUACCACUACCACCACCACCACCACCACCACCACCACCAGCAACAGCAGCAGCAGCAGCAGCAGCAGCAGCAGCAGCAGCAGCAGCAGCAGCAGCAAUGUAUUUGAAUUGAUAGAUAAUCUUCCUGGUUAUUUAUCUUUUCAUCUUGAGGCAGAGCACAACCCCAAUAGACCCCUCCGUCUUCGUUAUAAUAUACCUCCUAAGGGGCCCCCGCUGCAGCAGCUGCAGCAGCAGCAGCAACAGCAACAGCAACAACAGCAGCAGCAGCAGCAGCAGUUGCAACAGUUGCAACAGCAGCAGAUACAGCAGGCAAAGAGCAUUCUUGCACUUUCUCCUUCUGCAACACGCCGCGGAGGGACACCCAGUAGAGGUGCAACGCCCCCGCCAGCAGCAGCAGCAGCAGCAGCAGCAGCAGGCGAAGAGUCAGCAGCAGCAGCAGCAGCAGAUGAUGAUGAUAACCCUCCCACCCUCUACCGACUGUAUGGCAGCGUGCAGCGCAAGCCCCACGCCUGGUUCUGUGGGGCCCUCUUUGGCAUGCAGGAGCAGCAGCUAAAGCUGAUGCUUAAUGGCCCGCAGCAGCAGCAGCAGCAGCAGCAGCAGCAGCAGCAGCAGCAGCAAAAGCAGCAACAGCAGCAGAAGCAGCAACAACAGCAGCAGCAGCAGGACGUUAGCGACAGCAAUGACAAAGAAAACCAAAAGAUUCAAACAGACGGAGACAAAACUUUGUUAGAGCAGCAGAAUCUGCUGCUGCAGCAGCAGCAGCAGCAGCAGCAGCAGGACCCAUCCAAGUGUACAACUAGACAUACCAGCAGCAACAGCAGCAGCAGCAUUAGCCGUUACAGCAGCAAGGAAGACAUGGCACCAUGGCAGUUUGCUGCUGCACUUCCUGCUGCAGUAUUAGCUGUAGCAAGACAAGAAGCAACCGUGCUGCAGCAAGUAGAGGAAAAUAUCUACAGCAGCAGCGGUUUGCUGCUGCGGUUGCUGCUAGCAUGGAAGCAGCAAAAGGGUGUUACUUGGGGGGAAUGCUGCUCCUCUGCUGCUGCACAUUAUCUAGGGAAGCUGCUGCUGCGUUAUAGGGCAGCUAAGAGAAAACGCAGCAAAGCUGCAGCUGCAGCAGCAGCAGCAGCAGCUGCUGCUGCUGCUGCUGCUGUUGCUGCACCGAAACAGCCACCUCAUAUGCCACGAGCACACAUUACUACAGACCACAAGGGUGGCUCUAGCAGCAGCAGCAGCAGCAGCAGCAACAGCAACAGAACGAAGCGCUCUUUGCAUGCAGGGGAACUACCCGAGGGUGUUGGGGCUGUUCAGCCUAGCAGCAACCCAUCAGCAGCAAAAAGGCAACGACCAGCUGCAGCAGCAGCAGCUGCAGCAGCUGCUGCUGCCCCUACUGCUGCAGCACCUGCUGGUGCAGCAGAAGUGCCCGCUGCAGACCCGCCUGUCUGUUGA